GGUCAUCAGUUCAUAUUCAGCUGCCCAAUUGAGCAGUCGAUAUGAAGAAUCCGUCUCUGAAAGACAAAUUCAAAAACAACAUAAAAUUUGUUAAGCCUCUUUACAAAAAAAUUAAAUCUAAUCGAACUGGAUCUAAGAAAACGAAGUUUAGUAUAAUUGAUCUUGACAAUAGAAAACCAGAUGGCAAUGAAAUUUAUGUCAAACGAGACAUAUUAAACAUUAAAGAUGUUAAUUAUGAUAAUAUAUUAACAAUCAAAAAUAAAGAUACAAAUACACUACCUGGUGCUUGUGAAGUUAGUGAUAUUGUAGUCAAUAGUACAAAAAAAGUGAAAUUAAAAGAAGUAAGAACUAGUAAUAAACCAAUAGGACAUGAAGUAGGAAAUAUGAUAAAUGAAAAUGCAAACGAAUUAGAUAAUGAAAUAGAAAAUAGGGUAAUCGACAAAUCAGUUCAAGCUAAUAAUGAAUUGAAAACAAUAAUUAUAAAUAAAGCAAAAAUUGAAAUCUGUGAAAUAGAACAAGUUAACUUAUUAUUACAUUUUAAGGUUACAGAUACGUGGUUGAGAGUCUACCCAGCUCCACAAUAUCCCAAAGAAGCGGUAACAUCUAUAAUCUUCAAGUGCCUGUUAUGCCAACUUGGGAUAGCUAUGUUUUUGAUCUUUUGGACUAUUCUUUGGGUAUUCAUCAUUAAUUCUUUCGAAGAACCUCAUGAAGUUGAAGUGUCGUUGCAGUUUGAGAAAGAACAAAAUCAACUAGUCAUCGAAUUAGCAACGGAAUUGCGCCAGAUCACCCCAUUAUCUCCAAAAUGGAAAAAUGCAAUAGAAAGGCGCAUGGAGGACGAGAGACGCUUAACUAUGCUGGCCGUUGGCCAGGGCGCUAAACUACAUCCCGGCCAGUUCUGGGAUCUAUCUGGAACAUUUCUGUUCACCGUUUACGUUAUGACUGCCCUAGGCUUCGGCGCACCUGUACCACAGACGCUAUGGGGGCGCACUUCAAGUCUUGUAUAUGCCAUCUUAGCUGUACCUACACAUAUUUACCUCAUGGUUAACGCAAGCACAUGUAUUGUUUACAACGUUGAUCGUUGCAUUCGACGUUUACGAAGAAAUGACAAGAACAACAGAAAUAACAAAGCAGAAAAUCCACACCGCAGCGGGAAUAUACAGCGGCCAAACAAAAUUAUUUGCAACAAAAUAUCUAGAUUACUGAAGGUGUUGUGUGCGGGUCGCGGCGUGCCUCUUGCGGCAGCUUUCUAUUAUACAAGCGGUGCCAUAGUCUUUGGCGUGUUGCGCGGGAAAACCGGCCUCGAAGUUGUUCUAUUCCCUCUCGGGUUUACUACUACUGGCGGCUUGGAACAAGUGGAUGGUCACGUGAGGAUCUUUUACGGUCUCUACGUAGAGGGCGCCAUGUCGUUACUAGCCUGCGCACUGGCCACCCUGCGCCGACACAGUAGCGACGCUGCCAACUCCGUAGCUGAAUAUUACAGGCUUUUUGCUACUGCUAAAAUAUAAUCUAUGGAUAACAUGGAUCACUAAUAACUAGAUUUAGUUAUAGAUUGUCCACGUUAAUAUCAAAUCGUAUA